UUUCGCAAUAACCUUUGCUACAAUCAAACAAGAGUUACAAGUUACAACUAAUUACAAGAGUUUAUCAAAAUGGCUGGAAGAGGCAGAGGGCGAGGAAGCGGAACCUCUUUAACUCAAGAGCAAAUGCAAGCCUUGGGAAUCACUCGAGGAGACAACACUCCACAAAUAUUAACACCGCCUCCUUUGUUUCCUAAGCUCGAAACUAAACCCCUGCCACUCGUAUCCGAUGCUGCGACUGACUACAUGGUUAUAGUCAAAGAUCAAUUCAUCGAGUAUCUACAAGAAUCUCCAGCAUUCGUUAAAAUCAACACUCGCACCGAUGGCAUAGAAAGGUAUUCCGAUAAAUACAAACUUCUAGCGCUAAAUGCGAAAAGGGGUAGAGUAUUAGACUGCGUAUGGACAAACAUGCCGCCUGAGUUACGGCCGCAGGCGAGAAAAAUGAGAACCGUCACUAGAAAGAGGAAACUGGAGGACCCAGCAGAAAUAGCCAAAAGGCUGCAAAAUUUAGAAAGCAAAGAAAAAGAGGAAUCUACGGAAGACAACGAGAUGGACGAGAAUGAAGCCACUGUAAAAAAAGAGGGAGAGGAUAAUGAUGAUGAUAUAGAAGAUGAACAGGAGCAAGAAGAAGAAAUAGAUGACGGUACAGAUUAUGCUAAUAACUAUUUUGAUAACGGAGAAGACUAUGAGGAGGAAGACGACAAUCUGGAUGAUGGGCCAGUGUAUUAAAGGUUACUGUUAUUAUUCAACA